AUGAAACAGGUAUCAAUAACAACAUUUAAUUGUGGGAAGUGUUUCCCAUGCGACGAUAGAGUAGAGAUGCAAGCGGUAUUGAGUUGUUUAAUCCCUCAGAAUUCAGAACCCCUGGAUAUAUAUGUGAUGGGAUUCCAAGAACUAGUAGAGAUAUGGGAAGGGUCAUUUGAUCAGUUAGUCACCACUGUGUUAUUAAAGAUUGGUGAAGGGGCUGUAUCCCUGUUACAGCUACGGUUUCCGGAAGCACAGUUUCAGGUCAUAGCGACAUCGAAUCUAGGUGCCAUCGGUACCGUAAUCAUUGGAAAACAGUCACUGCAAGUAAGAGAUAUUAGGAAAGCUAAUUGUUCAAGAGGAAUGUUUUAUUCAAACUUGAAAGGUGGUACAGCUAUCCACUUGAAUUUACUAGAUGAUGAUAAGUGGGAGAAUUUUGUAUUUAUGAACUGUCAUCUCGCGGCCAAUGAAGGUGAAUGGAACAGGGAGUUAAGAGUUCAAGACCAAGGUGCAAUUAUUGAAAUGUGUUGUAAUCAAUUCCAAUUAGCUUCAUUAUCACGAUCACAUGCAUUUUUCUUAGGAGAUCUCAAUUUCAGGAAUAUUAUACAGUACGACGUAGACUCAACAGAUUACUCGAAUUCAAGUACAAGGCAAGAGAUAUUGCAUGAAAUAGAUGAACUCAAUGUUUUAAGACGGAGAGGAUCGGUAUUUUAUGGUUUCCAGGAGUCACCCAUUACCUUCCCACCUACUUUCAAGUAUUUGCUGAAUGAUACAAACAAAUACAAUUCAAAGCGGGUGCCUUCAUGGUGUGAUCGAGUGUUAUUUUCCAGUUAUGAUCAUAAACUGGAUGCAGAGUAUAUAUCACUUAAGAGAGAACAGCCGCUACUGUUCAGUGAUCAUCAGCCAGUAAAUUUCACGGCCACAUUACCCGAGUUGCACUAUCCUCGACACACUAUCACAUCACGGUCCACUACAACCGAUUACUUAAGUGACUCUGUUGAUACAGUCAUUGGGUACGCAGGUUGGAUGGUUUACCUGAGGGUCCAUUGGUAUCUACUAGCCUUCUUAAUAUUAUUUAUCAUUUAUAAAAAACUUUUAUAA